ACCCGCGACCGGGGGGCGGCUGAGGGGCGCGGGGAUCCCCGCGCAAAAUGGCGGCCGCGGGGCAGCCGGCCUUAGUUCUGGCUUCGUUCGGAACGGCCGGGGGUAAACGGACGGCGGCGUGUUAUAACGAGCGCCCCUCAGGGCUCAGCCCCGGGACGGAAGGCUGAGGAUGCUGGCACGCCGCAGGUGGUAUCAUUAUAACCUUACUCGACACGCAGCAGAAGCCCUGCUUCUUUCCAAUGGGAAGGAUGGAAGCUAUCUCUUGAGGAAGAGUAACGAAAGGGAAGAUUUGUAUUCCCUCUCUGUAAGGGGUAAAGAUUCUGUGAAACAUUUUCACAUUGAAUAUACAGGAACCUCACUCAAAUUUGGAUUUAAUGAAUUUUCCAGCUUGAAGGAAUUAGUCCUGCAUUUUGCAAAUCAACCUUUAAUUGGAAGUGAAACAGGAACCUUAAUUGUAUUGAAGCAUCCCUAUCCACAUGAAGUGGAGGAGCCAUCUAUUUAUGAGUCCGUCCGAGUUCACACAGCGAUGCAGACAGGAAGGACAGAAAAUGAUCUUGUUCCAAAUGCUCCCUCACUUGGUACGAAAGAAGGAUAUUUGAUAAAACAAGGCAAAAUUGUCAAGAACUGGAAGACGAGGUGGUUUACACUGCAUAGGAAUGAACUUAAAUAUUUCAAAGACCAGACAGCCACAGAACCAAUUCGGGCACUCGACUUAACUGAAUGCUCAGCAGUGCAGUUCGACUAUUCCCAAGAAAGAGUCAACUGUUUCUGCUUAGUGUUCCCACUAAGAACAUACUACCUGUGUGCAAAAACUGGAAUAGAAGCAGAUGAGUGGAUCAAAAUACUGCGAUGGAAACUGUCACAAAUACGGAAGCAAGUGGAGCAGCACAGUGCCUCCAGUUCCCAGCUGCACCCCUAAUCCUUCCACUCCACGGGCAGGAAUUGCCCCUCAGCCACAGGAAGAUGGUUCUACAUCUUCAUUACCUGCUGAGGGCACAUGCACGUGUGUCUGCCCCCAUGCAGACGUUUGCAUCCAGCUCUGCACACAGAGGAUCUGUACAGCUGACUAACUGCUUUCAGGCUGCUGAGUCGUGUGGAGCCCAUUGCAAAAUCACAGUGUUGGUUUGAUGCACGUGGUUUAUGUCUGCAAGGCUCAGCCACUGAGGCACCCAUUAACUAAUCACAGACGUACUCACUUCACCACUGAGGGUGGAUGAUGGAGUUCUGCAUGGGGCUUUGCUGGUGGCAGCCACCAGCAUUUUAGCAGCAUUGAGUGCUGUGCUCCCCUUUGAAAAUGAGCUAGAUUUUGUAUUUUUUUCCCUUUGAACAGAAAACUCGGUUUAUACAAUAAGAGGUUUUAUCCAUGACUGCAUUCGAGAAUUAAGCACUGCUUGCUUUAUACUGAACUAGAGCAACGGGAAAGCGUGAUAUACACUAAAAAACCACACAUAUAAGUGUGCGUUUAAAAGAGUAUGUCUUCUGCAUAAUGGGUGAGCAUCUCCAUGUGCACUGUGGAAGACACAAGCACACCUGAGUGUGGCUCCCCGGAGUUCAGAAGCAGAAGCCUCAUGCUUUGGUGCUAUGAUGGAAAGAGGCGUUAUGUUUUGAAAGCAAGUUUUGCUGUUGCUCUCCCAUCUGAGCUGCUCCUCUGGGAGAGCUGGGCUGAGCAGGGAGAUCCCGCUCUGUAACAGUCACAUCUGAUGAAGCAAACCUUCUUCCCUGGACAUCGUGCAGCAGCAGCAGCAGCUCAGUGUUCAGUAGAUGCCUUUACUGUGAGAAAGCUGAAGAGGAAAGGGAGUAGAAACAUAGUAGAACAACAAAGUAGAAGGAAAAUCCAGCUCUGGACAGGAAUAGCGUUUUAUUUCAACUUCUAAUUCAAAAUAUUUGUAAAUAUUUUUAUACACUGUUUUCUGAAUAAAAUGUCAUUAUAAAACUAA